UCAGAUUCCUGAGUGAGGAGGGCAGAAGCCAGAGAUCAUUUAAGUCCUCAGAGUCCUCACAUGCGUUCAGACGUCAUCGGUGGUGAGGUCGGCACAGUCUUCCUCUGUGCCUGCCACUCGAGCCCGGCCUGCCCUGCCAGGGAGGACAGGUGUGGACAGAAGGUGUCUCCUGUGCCUGGGCUCCACCACACCAGCACGUUCAGCUCUUCUAGGAGAACUGUAGGAGAGCAGUUCUAUCACCAGAAAUCUGUCUUCUACAAGGAGCUGUGUGCUCCGCAGCCUAGCCAUGGACCAGGACUCCAUCUGCGUGCUGUCUGGCACAGAGGGCAGUGCUUCUGCCCCUUACAGCCUUGGCGCACUUCUAAAAGAUGUGAAGAUGAGAAGUCGUAUCCUCUCACAGGAAACCUGGGAUUCAAUUCUGUCACAUCUGGAGGAAGGGAACGUUCCAGAGGCAGCUUCUGCAAUCAGAGCUGCCUUGAAAAUCAUCGAGAACGCGCCACUGAGCAUCGCAGUGACAGGGGAGACCGGAGUAGGAAGAUCCACUUUCAUCAAUGCCCUGCGGAGGGUGGGGCAUGAAGAAGAAAGCGCAGCUCCCACUGGGCCGGUGGUGACAACCACGGAGGUAACUGCAUAUCAGUAUCUAAAGUGUCCCGGUGUGACAAUAUGGGACCUGCCCGGCCACGGGUGCACUGACUUCCUGCUAUCAAAGUACCUGGAGGAAAUUGCUGAUUAUGACCUCUUCUUUAUCAUCUCUGCCACCCGCUUCAAAAACAUCGAUGCGCAACUAGCCAGAGUCAUCACAAACAUGAAGAAGAAGGUCUACUUUGUUCGAACAAAAGUGGAUCAUGAUGUAUUCAGCAACCAAAGAAAUAAGCCAAAGACCUUCAAUAAGGAAGAAAUCCUGCAAGAGAUCCGAAAUUACUUUGUGAGGCAGUUGGAGGAGGUCAGUGUGACAGUUGAUCGCGUCUUCUUAGUCUCCAGCCUUGAGAGGGCUGAGUACGACUUCCCUGAGCUGGAGAACACCCUUCUGAGGGACCUGCCAGCUCUCAAGCUUCACAUCUUCAUGCAAUUCCUGUCCAGCAUUGCGGAAGCUGCCAUUGAUCAGAAGCGAGAUUCCCUAAAGCAGAACAUCUGGUGGGAGUCCAUGCGGGCUGCAGCAUCAGCCACCGUCCCUCUCGUAGGCCUCUUCAGUGAUGGUGAUGUAGAGAAGAUGCAGGACACCUUAGCCCUCUACAGGUCUUCCUUCGGGCUGGAUGAUGCAUCGCUGGAAAAGAUGGCCAAGGAUUUGCACGUGUCCGUGGAACGGCUGAAGGCAAACCUUCAGUCUCCUCGCUUGCUGUCAGCUGAGUGCAGUGAAUCCUUCUGGGAGAAGAUGAAGCAGUACAUGGUGAAGGCUCUUUCACUCAUGGGAGGGCCCCUUGCUACUGGUUUUUCCUUUACAAAGACGUAUUACUUGCAAAAUUAUUUCCUUGAGACUGUGGCAAGUGAUGCGAAAGCUCUACUGAAAGGAGAUCUCUUCAGUGCCUCUGUGGGCUCUGAGGAGGGUUGCGGCAAAUAGGGAAACUGAGGCAGCCAGGCUCUGCUUUAGCCGCGCUGUGCUCAUGGCUCUGGGCACCAGAAAGCAGCUUAGGGCUCUCCUGAGGCAGCCAGGCCAGGCUGGGAUGGUCUCAGAUAUGACCACUGUUGUGUGAAUAAAAAGUACAGGAAUCUGGGGUUUUAUGCUAAGAGGAGAAAACAUCUUGCUGUGCAGUGGUUAUUUCAUAGCCAGUACUCCUCUUAUUGAAGAUACAAUAAUAAAAAGUUGCUGGGCACUCAGUAAGAUUUCAACAAUAUUUUUGAACUGAUGUGCACAUUAAAUAUUUUUGAUGUUCCUGACAUUCUGCUGCAAGUGUACACAUGUUGGUGAUUAAUAGGACAGCUAAUGUUGACUGACAUCUCCUGUUCCCUUGAGGGUCAUCGUUUUAUUGGGUAAGUAUGAAAGAGAGUGAGCUGAGCACUGUGUGACCAGACAGGAUGGAGAAACGCUGGCUGAGUGAAACUUUCUUCCGGGGCCUCGUGAGAGGGCAAGUGCAGGAACCAGGAGCACUGUCCAGGGGUGCAUGUGGGAGGCUCAGGAGCUGCUGGGUCAUUAGCACAGCACAUUUUCUCCCUGAUUUUCAGAGGUUAAGAAACAGGAGAGCAGAUUAUAAUAAUAAAGUUAAACAGGGGAGACAAAUAAGAAAUAUAUAAGUUUCUUAAAACAAUGAAUG